AUGGAUGCAUACUUGGAAAGGGUAAGAGGCUAUUUGGAGCAAUUGGUGGAAUAUAGCAUAGAGCAAAUCCCGAGAGAGAGGAAUACCCAUGCUGAUGCCCUCACAAAGCUAACUUCCACUAAAGAUGGGGAUACCCUUGAAUCAGUGCCUGUGGAAUACUUACCAAGGCCAAGCAUUGUCAAUCCAGACGUUCACGUGGUCAGCAUCCCAAAGGAGUCAUGGGCCAACCCGAUUAUAAGCUACCUGAAGGAUGGAGUUGUGCCAACAGACAAGAGGGAGGCUCGAAGGCUAGUUUAUAAGGCAGCCCGAUACACCUUAGUAGAUGGGAUCUUAUACAAGAGGGGGUUUUUUGUGCCACUCUUGCGAUGUGUUGAUGAGGAAGAAGCUGUGAAGGUACUGUAUGAAAUACAUGAGGGUGAAUGCGGCAACCAUGCGAGUGGACCAUCCACGACUCGAAAAUCCAUGAGGCAAGGGUACUACUGGCCCUCCAUGGAGAGAGAUGCAAACGAUUUCGCAAGGAAAUGUGACGAAUUCCAGAGAUAUGGAGUGCCCUACAAGAUUAUUUUUGACAACGACACUCAGUUUGAAGGGGAAACAUUCGAGGAGUAA